UAAACUAUUCGUUUCGUGAGACACGUGAUCUGUGAGAAAAAGGUUGUUUUUACUGAUCCAUAUAGUAAAGUUGUAGAACUCUCAUUGUUUUUACAGUCAUGGCUUGUAAAACAGUAACGUUGGACAAUAUGAACCCUAACAUAAUAAAAAUGGAGUAUGCAGUUCGAGGGCCAUUGGUAAUUAGAGCCAGAGAAAUCGAGAAAGAAUUGGAAAGGGGUAUUAAGAAGCCCUUUUCUGAAGUAAUAAAAGGAAACAUAGGAGACUGCCAAGCUAUGGGGCAGAAGCCUAUCACAUUUAUACGACAGGUUUUGACCCUUUGUGCUUAUCCAGAUCUUAUAAAGGAUGACCGAUUUCCCUCUGAUGUCAAGGAACGAGCUAAGUUAAUUCUUUCAUACUGUGGUGGGAAAAGUGUUGGGUCAUACAGUGACAGUGCAGGUAUUGAAAUAAUUAGAAAGCACAUAGCUGCUUACAUUGAAAAGCGUGAUGGUGUACCCUCGGACUACCUUAACUGCAUUUUGUCUACGGGGGCAAGUGAAGGUGUUAGAACUGUUAUUAAUAUUCUGAAUCACUCCGCAAGUGGAAAGCCCCCUGGUAUCAUGAUUCCCAUUCCUCAGUAUCCUCUGUACUCGGCCACACUCGCCGAAUAUGGCAUGUAUCAGAUCAACUACUACCUUGAUGAAGACAACGAGUGGGCACUUGAUAUCAGCGAGCUCAAACGAGCUGUAGAGGCGGCUAGAGACCACUGUGAACCUCGAGGAUUAGUAGUAAUAAACCCAGGGAACCCGACUGGUUCUGUGUUAACGAGAGAAAACAUCGAAAAGAUUGUAAAGUUUGCUUAUGAAGAACACCUCUUUUUAAUGGCUGAUGAGGUUUAUCAACAUAACAUCUAUGCAGAAGGGAUGGAGUUUCAUUCCUUCAAGAAGGUCAUGACUAAGAUGGGACCUCCAUACAGCAACAUGGAACUAGCAUCGUUCAUGUCUGCAUCCAAAGGAUUCAUGGGAGAAUGUGGUUUGAGAGGAGGCUACUGUGAACUUAUUAAUAUUGAUCCAGAGGUGAAGAAGAUGUUAUUAAAGUCCAUCUCAGCCAAACUUUGUCCAAGUGUCCUAGGUCAGAUAGCCAUGGACUGUGUGAUCAAUCCUCCUCAGCCAGGAGAACCUUCUCAUGAGACAUUUAUUAAGGAAAAGAACGAAGUGCUGCAGUCACUGAAAGAGAGGGCUAUUCUUGCUGCCAACACUUUUAACAGCAUUGAAGGGAUGCAGUGUAACAAAGUAGCUGGAGCUAUGUAUGCCUUUCCUCGACUGAUUCUGCCAGAGAAGGCCAUUGAGAAAGCCAAAUCUCUAGGGCAGGCUCCAGAUUUUUUCUUUGCCAUGCAGCUUCUAGAGACUACAGGAAUAUGUGUUGUUCCAGGCAGUGGAUUCGGACAACGACCAGGAACAUACCACUUCAGAACAACAAUUUUACCUCAGCCGGAGAAACUCAAAACUUUAUUGAGUCACGUGAAGGAUUUUUAUGAAAAGUUUAUGAAAGAAUACCAGUAGAUACAGGAGCUCCAACCUAUUAAUAGAUCGUGACAUAUCGAUAUUCUGUUUUGCAUGUGACUUUAUUGUUUCACUCUGCUGGUGCUGUUGUUAAUUACCUAGAGAACAAUGAUCUUCUAUACUCUGAAGACAACGUAAAAAUACCGAGUCACUGCCAUUUCUAAGGGACGGGAAAUAUUGAAUUAUCUUAAUGAAAUUCACAUUUUUUUUAAUAAUACAUGAAGAAAAGAAGCUUGAUGUGUGAGUGUUUGAAGAAGGGAAACACCACACAUUAUUAUAAUCCACGAAAAUAUUUUUCUUUCAGUCUAUUAGAUGAAAUAAAUAAAUGAAUAUGCAUAACCGUUACAAGUUAAACUUUUCUAUAUUGUUAGAAAUAUAAACAUUUUAGUGUUUCACAUUGUUAAAAAUUUAACAUUUGGAAUUUGGUGUUAAUGAUUCCUUGAGUAGAUCUGUAGUAACAUCACUUUUUUAAAUCUUUCUAGGUGAUGAAUUUUUUUUUAUUAUUAUAAAAAUAAUGUCAGGUAUGAAUUUAUAAGUUUUCAAUUUUUUGCUCAUAAGAUUUGUUUUGAAUAAGUAAAUACUUUUUGGUUUUUUUUUCUGAACUUCACUUGUUAUUUCUGAAAUCAGUGGCUUCAUUCUGGGAACAACCUUGAAAUCUGUGUCAACAAACUUGGUUUCUCACUGAUUUAUGUUAUUUGCCCUUUAUAAUGAAUAUUUGCUUAAGAAGUUUUUUAAUUUAAAACUGUUUUUUUUUGUAAGUUUUACAUUUACAAAUACCGUUUGUAGUUGAAGAGUAAAGUUUAUUAGCUGAAAAUAUUCUUAAAUAAAUAAAAUUAGCAUAGUUCAUAGUUUGUUUCUUGAAGGAGGGUUGGCAAUAUAAAAACAUCCAUAAAUUAGGUUAAUAAUUUUGAAUUUGCUUGACACCACUAGAAAUAUAACAUCAUUUUCUUAUUAUUAGUACAGAAAGUGUAAAGUAAACAAAAUGCUGGAUAAACAAAGUUAACACUGAGAAAUAUUUUUUUUAAAUGCUCAAUACAUAACUUGUGGAAGAGUAGGUUGUUACCCCUGGUUACAUCUACAAAUGCAGCUCAAGUUGUAGCAAAGUAGGCUUUUUCUCUCAUUUACUUCAAUCACCACAACUCGUGGCACAGCAUAGUUACUUCAACAAAUGUAGCUCAACUUUAUUGGGUAUGUACAAAAAGACGAUUCAAGUUGAACUGUGUAAGGUAGGCAGUUAGGUUUAGCAUUUGAUAUAUUUGCAUUCAUUUGUACUACAGAGUGGGCUGUUAAAGAACUAUUUAGUUACAUAAGUAGUCUGUUAGUUGUUUGAUGACUAGCAUGUAGGUUGUUAUCAAAAUAUACUAUCUUAAAUCUGGUUCUAAGCUCUGAUAAUUAACUCAUCCUGUGGGAAAAUUAAGUCUAAUAAUAAAGACAGGCAAUAAGACUAAAAACAUUGUUAGUUAUAAAUGGUUUAGAUGUUUUAUAAUAUUCCAUCUUCAAUGAAAUCUGAAAAUAAUGCUAUGAUUAUACUUAAUAUUAUCAUGAUAUUUUAAACAUUUGAAUAAAAGUUAAAAGGAAAGAAAUGCACAGGCUAUUUAAUGGAAGUAACAAAUACAGUCAAAACUUGACUAUCUGGACUUUUUAGAUUAUCCAGACUUUUCUCUCUGAUCCCAGUUUUUCAUGAAUAUUAAUAAACCAUAAUCGUAAAAAGAGUAGUAAUCAUUACAAAAAAAUCAUUAUCUUCUGUUUAAUUUUGCAUUGAAAUCCAAGUAUGAUUACACAAUUAAAUUUUGUUUUUUAUAAUUUAUUCAGUUGUCAUUUUAUGUCUCAUUAAUAUUCAUAUUUUUGACUAUCCAGGCUAUUUUCGUGAGUCCAGAUAAUCGAGGUUCGACUGUAGUGUGAAACAUGAGACAUCAAGUAAAGUGAUUUAGAAUACUUUUAAGUCUAAAGAUUUGUGUAAGUCAUUAAGACCUGGGUGGUCUUUUGCGAUGAGUAAUCUUUCUUUUAUAUGAAAUUCAAGGUCUGAAGACCCUUACAUUGUUAAAAUUGUUAUAUGCAACAUGACAUUAUUUUCAGAUGUUGGUGAAGAUGAAGUAAGUGGCUGUUUGUGAAUAAAAAUGGUUCUAUAACUAUUAUGAACUCCAUUCCUUGUUUCAAAAACAACUGUAGGGGUAACACUGAAGAGUAGAACAGAAAGGAAUUCAUUGUUAAAAAUUAACACUGUUGUGUAUGUUGUACAGAUCUCCAAAAGUCUAACCUUUAUGGUGGCCUUUAACCUACAGAUAUUUGUUAAUAUGUGAAACAUUUACUGUAGAAAAAGGGUUUUGAUUUUUUGCCAUAGUUAAAAGAAGUAUUUUUAUAUAUGCAUGUGUGUGUCUCAGAAAUCUUGUUUUAACUUCUAUAGCAUUGUUUAACAUACUAAUGGAAAAUGUAUUUUUUCUAUGUACAUUUUCAAUUAUUUUGUAAAAGAAUCAUGAUUUGUUUGACUUGGAAAAAGUAAAUUCCCAGUUUGUGAGUUUUAAACUACUGUAGUAUAUUGAGCAGUUUUACUUUUAAAUUGAACAGAUGAUAUGAUUAACCCUAUCAUGAUCGAUGACCACCUUGCAGGUGUCAAGUGCACACCCACACGUCAAAUUUCAAAAUUAAUGUUAAUAGCCUUCUUUCAACAUUUUUUUUUUAAUUUUAAAGUAUCCCAAGUUCAUAUUUUGUCAUUUAACAUUUAUUUAGAGUAAUUGCAAAGAUGAAUGAAAAAAUUAUUCAACUUUCCACACAGCUCCAAGGAGUCUUACUUAUAAACAACUCAUUUAUCAUAUUUUUUUUAAUUUUCCUGCACAUUCUAAAAUAAACCUUUCUUUUAACUAAGAAACCCUUGAAAAAUAUAUUUGAUCAUGUCUUGUUGUGGUCUGUUAGUGGUUUUAUUACUACAGUGCUUGAUUUCCGCCUCUGUUAAUAAUAUGUGGUUUGAACAGUUGCUAAUGUAGCUCGGCUUUGAAAGUAACUAAAGGAUUGUUAAAACUGGCUUGAGUAAAACAGAUCAUAAACUAUUUGUAAUAAUGUGGUUUUAGCAGUAAUUUGUAGUAUCUCAAAAUUAAUAUUAGCUAUCCAUAGCUCAUAUUGAAGUGUGAACAAGAAACUAAUUGGAAGUUUAAAAUGUUUAGGACCAAACCAAAGAUUUGGGAACUUUUUUAUAUUUUCUUUAGAUGACCUGCUCAUUCCUGAAAAUGUUUUUAUGUUAAAUUACAUCUGUUUGAAAGCUACAGAAAUUUUUUUUCUAUGAAAAGUCACCAGGUAAACUUAGUUAGCUUUAGCAAGUAUAGUAGAAGAUAGCAAAAUAAUUCUUAUUUCCCGAGUAUUGAUGUUAAGCUUAUUGUAUUCAAAAUAAAAAAUAAGCCACAUUUAUUAGAUAUAAAUUGACCUUCCCAAAUAUAAUAUUAGCAAAAACCAUGUUACCUAGCCUGAUAAAGGUAAUGCCAUAUUGAAAUUUUUGUCAGUUUUUGAGAGUUUUUUGUUUUGUUUUGUUUUUACACUAUAUAGCUGGAAGUGGUGACGACUGCAAUCAACAAAAUAAAGUAUUAAAAGAAAUAUUAAUGUCAGUCACUUAAGUUGAAACUGAUUGAAUAUAUAGAAUAACAUUUUCUGAUUAACAAUGAAAAAAAUUUAAAUUCUAAGACCAAAGAAAGUAUUUCAAAGCAGUGUAUCAGAAAAUUUUGGUUGGAAAUUUCACAAUGUAAAAUAUAAUGGAAAUACUAAAUCAAAUUGUAUGAAUUUUUUAAGCCAAAACUAGAUACUGUUUUGUAAGUUUGCACCAAAUUUCAUGCAGUUUGGUUCAGUAUUUUUACUAUGAAGAGGGGAAAAAAUCAAAAGAUAUUAGUGACACUUUUCUGGUCCAGAAAGGGUUAAAAGAAAUUAAAUCUUAGAUGACGUUUUGGAAAAUUUGCAUUUUGAUACAACUGAUAAUUUUGUGUUAGUAAUCUGCUUAGGUUUCAAAAUAGUUUUUUUAAAUUAAUUUUGAAUGAAGUGUUAAGUCAUUUUUACUCUGUCUUUAAAUGUAUUGAAUGAAAAGAUAUUUUAAAAAUCGUUAUUUUUGGAGGAUUUAUCAAAAAAACUUCUGUACUCGAUCAUUUUAUUCAAAUUACUUAUAACUGGUGCUUUUUUAGUAACUUUUUUUUAAAAGAGUGGUUUACAUAUAUUUGGAUAUUUUAUAAUAACAAUUUUGUUUGUUAACAAAGUGUAACUUAGUCAUCUGGCAUGAGCCUAAACUAAACCCAUGUACUGCCAAGAAUAGUGUGGUCAUCUUACAUGUCCAAUGAAGCCAUAUUUAAGCCAAUUGAUUGUUAAAAUGGCUGAAUUAGCUUACAUAAGCAUGUUCAAGAAAGCCAAAACUAAGUCAGUUUAUUGUUGAUCAAUUCAGUCAUGGAUCUUAACAUAUCUAUGUAAUAGGUGAGAUGUUUAGAUAGUGACUUGUGUCACUGUGAGUGCUAAUUCAACUUUGUCUUCCAUGUGGUUAAUUUUCUGUUUUGUAGCAAGGUUGUUCUAUUCACAUGUGUUAAUGUUUCAAAUAUACAUGAAAUCAGAAGCUGUAAUUGUCCUUUUCUGGGCAAAAAUGUAUGGUUGUAGUUGAAAAUAAAAGUUGAUACUGAAGCAA